UUGUAUACGAAUCUAAGAUAAGAAAAUUCCCAAUUUCAUAUGGCAGUAAUUUAUAAAAUGUAUUCAUAAAAUUUGAAAAAUCAAUCAAAAUUUUAUUACUACUACAUGAAUCAGCUGUAAUGUAUUAUGAGUAAUUACCAUUAUUUAGAUUUAACACUUGAACUACCAAAAGGAUUGAAGCGAGAAAUACCUGCAGUAUUUUUUAAGAAACAUGUUAUGCAAGCAUUGAAUGCAUUAUUUGGUGAAGUUGGUGCAAGUACAACCGUUGAUUUAUUAAAAUACGAAUCAAUACCACAUCGAGCUGUCUUACGAGUUCCAUCUGUGUAUUACGUGAAAUUACGUAGCUCAUUAACUUUAGCUGGUGAUUACGAAGGCAUUCCGUGUGCAUACCGCAUACAUAAAUCCUCCACAUAUCUAUUAAAUUUAUUGGGUGAUAGUCGAAACUACAAUCACGAAUAA